AUGACACUCGUGCCCAUGUCAGCAACGAGAGACGACGAGCUGCUUCGCCUGCGCCGCGAGAACCUCAACAGCCGCGAGCUGCGCCUCAUCGCCAGCUUCUGCAGCGCGCCUGACGCAUCCGCCUACUGGCAGAGCGCCGACAUACCGUUUGUCGCGCCGUCGACCGGCACUGGCCCCUUCACCACCUACAACCAGCACCAGCGCAUCAUGAUCCUCAAUUACUGUCUCUUCAACUGGGUCCUCACGGAGGAACGCGAGCGCUUCUUCCCCCGCCGCUCGCUCGAUGCAGGCUACAGCAGGUACGACUCGCCGAUCAGUACCCCCUCGCACGUCUUCCCCAAGCUCGCCCGCCACGCGCAGCUGUACGACCUCAUCCCCGCUGCUGCUCUGGGCAACGGGCAGGUGGCGACGCGAUGCGAACGCCCUCGCACGGCAGUCGCAGCAGCAGUCGCCAACCGCGCCAAACGCGGCUCGACAGGCAGCGAGGGAAGCACUGGCGACCUCACGCUCCGCAUCCCCAACGUAAUGGCGGUGUACGCCGCGCCACGCUCUACCCCCGCGUACAUCACGGCAGUCGAGGAAGCAUACUACCUCUCCAACCCGCUCAAGGCGCCCGGUGGCCGGCGCGUCCGCCUGGGACAGGCAAGUGACGCCGCUGCACCAGCGCCGGGCAGUGGCCGCCCAGCCAAACCCAGCAGCUCUAACUUUAUCCCCCCGACUGCACUUGCGCCCGGUAUACUCGACACGCUCGUCCGCCAGCUUCUCAGCGCCGACGAAAUGUCCUUCCUCCACACCAUUCCGAGCGGCGUCGAGCUCCCAGGCGACUUUUGCGACGGUGACUGGGUCUGCGUAUGCAACACGCACAACUUCCGCAAGCAGGACCGCUGUGUGAGGCCCGACUGCAACCUCCCGCGCCCGCCCGCCGGCGCCGCGCCGUCACCGUGGCACGCGCCACCGAUCCCCGGCACGGCCGGGCCGCCUACCACCCCCGCGGCGCAGCACUCGAUGCUCGGCGACCCGGGGGACUGGUACUGCGACCACUGUGGGCUGUGCAACUGGACGCGGCGCGCGUUCUGCUUACGCUGCUGCCCGUUACACCCGGACAAUGCUGCACCAGAGGAGGCCAUCACAAAGGGCAUUGUCCACACCGAUGACCCGAUCCUCGCGGCCCUCGGGCUGCGCGACAAGCGAAACCGCGCGCUCAAAAAGACCAAGGUCGUCACGACCCACUGCCCGUGCUUCGGCCCGCACCACGGCACGCGUUGCGCCAACGCCGGGCUCGGCGUCCCGGCCCCCUUGUGGAGGCAGUACGUCGAAUCCCAAGAGGACAUGCUUUUCAGCAUGAGGUCUGGCCUGUAG